AUGGAGGAAGGUCAGAGUAGUUCAAACUCCAUACCUCAUUUUCUCUCUAAAAUUUAUGAAAUGGUUAGCGAUCCUUCAACUAAUGUCAUUGUUUCAUGGAGUUCCACCAAUAAGAGUUUCAUUGUUUGGAAUCAACAUGAUUUUUCGAAAGAUUUGUUACCUAAAUUCUUUAAACAUAAUAACUUCUCAAGUUUCAUCAGACAACUUAAUACCUAUGGCUUUAGAAAAGUUGAUCAAGAGCAGUGGGAAUUUGCAAAUGAAGAUUUCGUAAGAGAUCAACCACAUCUUAUGAAUAAUAUCCAUAGGCGCAAACCAGUUCACAGUCAUUCUUUGUCUAAUGCUCAUGACCAACGGGCGGCGGCUGCUGGUGUUAAUGCUGCUCCAUUAACAGAAUUAGAACGGAGAAAUUUGAAAGUCGAGAUAGAAAAACUUAAACACGACAAAGAACAACUACUUAUGGAAUUUCAUAUGCAAGAAGAGGAGUCAAAACAAAAUGAGAUGCAAUUACAUUACUCAAAGAAUCGUUUACAAAAGUUAGAGAUGAAUCAACAAAGUAUGCUCUCGUCUGUUGGUCAAGUGCUGCAGACAUCCAAGGAAGAGGUAGGUCUCCAGUCAGUAAUGGUAAACAUGGGGAGAAAACGAAGGUAUAUUAGAAAUAGUCCCUUUAAUGAUUUAGCUAGCAUUGAAAUUCCUUCGAAAACUUCUGAAAUGCCAUCUAGAGAAAAUGAUGAGAGUGUGUCUAUUCUCUCUAUAAACAUGGAACAAUUGGAUCUGCUUGAAUCAUCGUUGACGUUUUGGGAGAAUUUUGUAAAUGAUGUUAGUAACACAUCUUUUCAAACUGAUUCCAACUUAUACUUUGAAGAUUCUACGAAUUGUGGACAUAGUCCAGUAGUGUCUUAUGUGCAACAAGAAUUUGAAGUUCAUCCCGAGUCACCAGGAAACAACAUGAACUCUCUACAAGAUUUAGUCGCUAUUCCUGAUCCUAAUUUUGUUGGACUUGAGCCACGUGAUACCUUUGUUCAUGAUCUUAUUGCACCAGAGCCAGCUGUUAUUGUCGUUUUUGAUUCUGUUGCACUUGAGCCAGCUGUUAUCGAUGAUUCUAACUCCGAUGCACCGAAAGAACAACCUGUUGCAGCAACCCCAGUUAGUACGGGAUAUAACUCACCAUUUUGGCAAAAAUUCUUGGUGGAUAGUCCGGAUUUAGAUGAAUCAGAAAAAUCUUAG